GCUCCAACUUUCAUCUUAAAGCCUUGAACUCGGUGAUAUGUCUUGUUUUCUAGUGCCCUAAACGGCGGCGUUACGGGCCCUCCCACACCGUAAUUCGCCCUUAAUCUUCCUUAAUUAUUACGCUUUUGCCACUUUGCGUACUAGUAGUUCUCAUUCCGAGAGACCCAUAUACAGAAUCCUGGAGUUCACUCUCUCUCUCUCCUCUGUUUCUCUCUCUAAAAAAGACAGAGGAAGAAGGGAAUUAAAAUCACAUUAUAUUUUCUUUAACACUUCAAGGUGCCUGGUCAGUUGGAGCAAAAGUUAGUUAAAUGAGGGCUGAUGUGUUUGAGGAGCGGCAAGUACCAUCCGCUCAACUAACAGCCAUAACUUUUGGUAUUUCAACAGAGGCAGAAAAAGAGAAGUUGGCAGUUGUAGCUAUUGAAACAGUUAGCGAGGUUAACAAUCCUAAGUUGGGAUUACCAAAUCCAACUUCUCAAUGCCCAACAUGUGGAACGAAAGAUUUGAAAUACUGUGAAGGUCACUUUGGGGUUAUUCAAUUUCCAUUCCCGCUACUAAAUCCAUAUUACCUAUCUGACGUUGUACGGAUUUUGAACAAAGUUUGCCCUGGAUGUAAAGCUGUUCGGAAAGAGUCCAAGAGGAAUAAUUCAAAAUCUAAAGAUAAUGUGGCUAAGGAAAAGGGAUGCAACUAUUGUUUGGGAAAUUCAAGAGGCUAUCCGACGAUGAAGUUCUCUGUUUCUUCUGAAGAGAUGUUCAGAAAAAAUGUAAUAGUCGCAAAAUUCAGUGAAGCGGCAAUAGCAAACAAGUCGCAGAAGAGAGGAUUGAAGAAAAUGUUGGCUUCUGAUUAUUGGGAUAUAAUACCAGCAGAUGAAGAACAAGAAGAAAACAUAACAAAAAUAAAUCAAAGAGUACUUUCACAUGCGCAGGUUAGACAUUUGUUAAAGGGCAUUGAUCCAGAUUUUGUAAAAAAGUUUGCUUUGAAUCCGGAUUCAAUUUACCUUAAUUCUUUCUCAGUAUUACCAAAUUGUCAUCGCGUGACAGAAAUUACACAUGCAUUUUCCAAUGGGCAGCGUUUAAACUUUGAUGACCGCACUAAGGCUUACAAAAAACUGGUCGAUUUUAGGGGCACAACAAGAGAUUUGAGCUUUCGCGUUUUGGACUGCCUCAAAAAUUCUAAGAUUAACCGAGACAAAAAUAAUGAUGAUAUAGUUGCUCAACAAAGGAAGAUGAAUGAUUCCGCAUCCAAUUCAUCUGGUUUGAGAUGGAUUAAAGAUGUUGUUCUUGGAAAACGGAAUAAUAAUUCAUUCCGCAUGGUGGUAGUUGGUGAUUCUAAUAUUAAGCUCAGUGAAAUUGGUAUCCCUUGUCCGAUUGCUGAAAAAAUGCAAAUUUCAGAAUGUCUGACAGCUUGGAAUAAAGAGAAGUUGAUUGCUUGUUGUGAACUACGCAUUGUUGACAAGUUUGAGAUCCAUGUUCGACGAGAAGGUAGAAUGAUCGUUGUUCGUGAUACUGAGAAACUCCGUAAAGGCGACAUCAUUUACAGACCUCUAACUGAUGGGGAUAUUGUUUUGAUCAAUAGGCCUCCAUCCAUACACCAACAUUCUCUCAUUGCUCUAUCUGUUAAAGUCCUUCCGGCAACAUCAGUCCUCGCAAUCAAUCCGCUCAUUUGCUCUCCAUUUCGUGGAGAUUUUGACGGUGAUUGCUUGCAUGGCUAUGUCCCACAAUCGGUUGACACAAGAGUUGAGCUCCAUGAGCUUGUUGCUUUAGAUAAACAGCUGACAAACGUGCAGAGUGGACGGAAUCUCCUUUCUUUUAGUCAAGAUAGUUCGGUUGCAGCACACUUGGUCAUGGAAGAUGGAGUUUUACUAAGCCGCUAUCAAAUGCAGCAAUUGCAAAUGUUUUGUCCUCAUCAAUUGAUACCUCCAGCUGUUGUGAAAGUUCCCUCACGUAAUGGCAGUUUUUGGACAGGAAAGCAAUUGAUUAGCAUGCUCCUACCUAAAGGUUUUGAUCAUGAUUUUCCUUCAAAUGACGUUAUCAUUCGUGACGGUGAACUUUUAUCUUCUGAAGGAUCUUUUUGGUUACGUGACACUGACGGUAAUCUUUUCCAAAGCCUUACCAAAAAUUACCCGAAUCAAGUCCUUGACAUUUUAUUUACUGCUCAGAAAGUCCUUUGUGAGUGGUUGUCAGAUAGGGGGUUGAGUGUUUCACUUUCUGAUAUGUACCUCUGCCCUGACUCAGACUCACGAGAAAACAUGAUGGAUGAAGUUUUAUCUGGGUUGCAAGAUGCAAACCACACCUGUAAUGUAAAGCAGAUCAUGGUGGAUUCUUGUCGAGAUUUUCUUGCUGGAAUUGAUGAGGAUGAUCAAUUCUCCAUGGCUAUUGAUGCGGAGCGCUUGUGCUAUGAGAAGCAGAGAUCUGCUACACUCAGUCAAGCUUCUGUUGACGCCUUCAGGGAUGUAAAUCGUGAUAUUCAAACUUUAGCCUAUAGAUAUGCAAGUAAGGAUAAUUCACUUAUGGCCAUGUUUAAAUCUGGAAGCAAGGGUAAUCUGCAGAAAAUUGUCCAGCACAGUAUGUGCCUAGGUUUGCAACAUUCUCUUGCUCCGUUAUCUUUUAGAUUGCCUCUAAAACUCUCGUGUGAUACUUGGAAUAAGCAAAAGUUUGAAACUGCUGUGGAAAUUUCCAAGAAGUUUAUACCAUCUGCUGUGGUGGAAGGUUCUUUCAUAACAGGCCUGAAUCCAAUGGAGUGUUUUGUUCAUUCUGUAACAAGUCGAGAAAGCUCUUUCAGUGACAAUGCUGAUCUUCCUGGAACUUUGACUCGUAGGCUUAUGUUCUUCAUGCGCGAUAUACAUGUUGCAUACGACGGAACAGUGAGAAAUGCAUAUGGGAAUCAGCUCGUUCAGUUUUCUUAUAAGAUUGGUGAGCCAAACUGUAGCACUGGCAAUUGUGAUGCGAUUGGUGACAAAUCUGUGGGUUCAAUGGCUGCUUGUUCUAUCUCUGAAGCUGCAUAUAGUGCUUUGGAUCAACCGAUCAGUCUACUUGAAAAAUCUCCUUUGCUAAAUUUAAAGAAUGUUCUGGAAUGCGGAUUAAAGAAAAGCAAUGCUAACAAAUCAAUGUCACUAUUUUUAUCCGAGAAACUUGGAAGACAGAGACAUGGAUUUGAGUAUGGAGCCUUAGAAGUUCAGGAUCAUUUGGAGAGACUUCUGUUUUCAGACAUCGUUUCUAUUACGAGGAUAAUUUUCUCCCCUCAGAGUGCAAGCAAGACACGUUUCAGUCCUUGGGUUUGCCAUUUUCAUGUACACAAGAAAAUUAUGAAGAAGAGAAGCCUAAAAGUACUUUCCGUGAUUCAAACCCUUUAUAGUCAGUGUAAAUCAAAAAUCAAUCUGCCUGAUGUGCAAAUAACAUGCAAGAAUUGUUCAGUAGCUGACAAUCAGAGAGAAAAGGAAGACACAUUAUGUAUAACUGUCACUGUAGUUGAGAAGUCUAAGAAUUCAUCAACCCGCUUGGAGACAAUUCAAGACGUCGUGAUUCCUUUCCUUCUUGCAACAGUUUUAAAAGGAUUAAUGGAGAUUAAGAAAGUGGAUAUUUUAUGGAAAGAUAAGCUAAGGAUAUCAAAAUCACGUAAUCAGCCUUGCGGUGAAAUCUACUUGAGGGUUUCUAUGUCAGCGCGCACUGAGAAAACGAGACUCUGGAACCUACUUGUGGAUCACUGUCUGCCAAUAAUGGAUAUGAUUGAUUGGACUCGCAGUCAUCCGGAUAACAUACGGGAUUUCUCUUUGGCAUAUGGCAUAGAUGCCGGAUGGAGGUUUUUCCUCAAGCGAUUGGAAUCUGCAAUAGCUGAUGUUGGCAAGAGUGUGCUUCCUGAACAUUUGGUUCUCGUUGCAAAUUGUCUAUCAGUUACGGGCGAGUUUGUUGGCCUAAAUGCAAAAGGGUGGAAACGCCAGCGAGAAGAUGCAUCAGUCCUGUCACCAUUUGUGCAAGCUUGCUUCUCUAGUCCUGGCAGUUGCUUUAUCAAAGCUGCGAAGGAUGGGGUCAAAGACGAUCUCCAAGGGAGCUUGGAUGCUUUGGCAUGGGGAAAGAUACCUUCUGUCGGGACUGGACAGUUUGAUAUUGUAUACUCCGGGAAGGGGUAUGAGGUUUCAGAGCCUUUAAACAUCUAUGACUUUCUCAGUAGCCAAAUGAGGACCGAUGAGCAGAAUUCUGAAUUUGACGUGCCUUUGGUGCAGAAUAGUAAAUCUGACAAAUAUGGUGUUCGGGACUUUUACAAGUCUGAUGAUAAAGUCCGAACUAAAAUAUUAAAUAAUCUAAAAACAAGAUUUUCAUUUGAUGAUAUUCAUAGACUCUCCCAAGCACUCAGCAAAAUCUUGAACAAGUACUCGGUUGAUCAACAAUUAAGCGAGGCUGACAAGUGUACAUUGUCGAUGGCUUUGUAUUUUCAUCCUCGGAAAGAGGAGAAAAUUGGAUCUGGGUUUAAAGAUAUAAAGGUAGUUAAGCAUCCAGAAUAUGAAGAUUCGCGUUGUUUUUCACUAGUUAGAUUGGAUGGGACAAUCGAGGACUUCUCGUAUCGCAAGUGUGUCUACGGUGCUCUUGAGAUGAUUGCCCCUCACAAGGCCAGAAGGUAUCAUGAAAAAUUUAUACAAACACGCACACCGUAGUACAAGCUUUCCAGCUUGAUUAAAUAAGACGGUUCUAACAUCAGCAGCGGUGUGUUUUUCGACUGAACAUAGUUUUGGUAAACCUGUAGAAAGGUGUACAUUUUCUGUAGAAGUAGAUCAGCAAGUGGUCUGUAGUUUUUUGCCCUUAAAAUGUAGGGUAGUUUACUUGCCAAGCUUCUUUUUGCUCCUUUCACUAUGACAUUUUUUGCCUUAUAUUGGCAGGGAAAGUGUAGUGGAAGCAGCAACGAGAAGCUUGUGUCAAGCAUUCAUUUCUAUUAUGUAUCUAUAAAUAUGCAUUUUAGCAAUCAAAAAGAAAGGAAAAUGUUUUCUUCA